CACCAGACGGGCACAGGAAUCCUAGCUUUGCAGACUGGUCAAGUAAAGAACCUUAACUUAUCUCUGAAGAUGGUCACCAUGGUGGUUUUUCUUCUGGCUUUUGUUGGAGCGGCAUCUUCGGAAAUCCCACACAGACGGAGGUGUGACCCGGAGCAAGGACAAGAAACGCCGACUCUUUGCUCAAAUUACAAAAACAUUUUACACCUCGAUGAUGUUCAGACAAAACUUGAAGAGAACCAAAUGCUGCUGCGAGAGAGGAUUGACGCUCUGGAAGGUAGGACCAGACUGCAGCUUGAUUCUGCAAACGGCAACAUUAGUGCGCUUGAAAGGUUGGUGAUGAACGUUUCAAACGCACAAAAGGACCGAGAAGAGAUGGCGUCACAAGCUGAGAUGGAGUUGAGGGACGCAAAGACAAAGCUGGAGGGACAAGAAGUUGACAUUGCCAGCCUGAAGAGAGACGUUGGAGAACUGGUCAAACACGGGGAGAGAGUUGGGGGCAACAUCAGUGAGAUUGAGGAGAGACUUGAUGCAACUGAGGGGCAGCUAAGGGAGAGAAAAGAGAAACUUGACAAUCUGGAGUCAGAAACUGGGGCCGCGUUCAAUGCCACACAGAAACUGCUGACUCUGUACAAGAAGGAACUCUCCCACCUUAACUCGACCGCCCGGGAGCUUGAAGUCACAGUCGAAGCCCUACUGAAUGCCCCGAAGACGCAACUUGAAGCUAACCUGACGGAAAUACAAAAUGGCAGCGGCGAACCCGGAUUGGGGUCAACUGAAGAAAGUGAACUGUCAUUUGAAAUGGCGCGCCUUAAAGCAGAAGUCAACACCAAGGUGGCCUUUUCUGCAACUAUAAUCGAAUCCAACGAUGUGUUCACUGGACCCGGCACCAACAGCACCAACAAUAUUCUCAUCUAUAACAGAGUCUUCACAAACAUUGGCUUUGAUUACAACAGUAAAACAGGUAUGUUGGAGGCAGAACCUUCAGAAAGCUGCCCAACAAUUAACAGAUAUGAAA